CCAAAUGAGCCAAGCACGGCGGGCACCAAAGUGGUGAAGGAAGGUCCUUGUGAAAUACUUCAUCUUUUUCCAGGGCCACCGUCCCUUGCCCUGGACCGCAAGACCGGUUGCCCGUCAAUCCCUCCCCGGACGCGUCGAGAGGGAACUGAUCCCGCGGCUAGCUGAAGAAGUCAGCGACAUGAACCACCGUAACAGCCCAGAUUGGAAUCUCUUCAUGUUCCAGCAGGAAGAGGAACACAUCCAGCCGGAGGAGGCGCACCUUCGAGCAACUUCACUUUAAAAAGGGCUAAAAACUUUCUAUUGUCUGCACUUGAGCGUCUAGAAUUACCCGUUACUGCGGCAAGCGGCGAGCACCAGGGAGAGCGCGGGAGUGUUACAGCAUGGGACUCAGCUGCUUCAAGUCCUGGAAACAUGACAGAACAGGCCUCAAAGGGAACAGAGACGUGUUGGCCAGCCCGGGCUCGUAUUUCUUCCUGUCCAACAGCGCCGGCCAGGGAGACGAGUGGCUGAAAAGCCUCAACAAGUCCGGAGUCUGGAUUCCCUUUACAGGCGUGUUCGGUCAGCGUCUGGAGGAGACGGUGCUGUACGAACGUCGUUACGGCGUACGCUCGGUCCCCCUGGUGGUGGAGCAGUGCGUGGCCUUCAUACGAGAGCGGGGCCUCCAGGAGGUGGGCUUGUUUCGUCAGCCGGGACGGGCGAGCUUGGUGAGGGAGUUGCGGGAGGCCUUUGACGCAGGCGAAAGGCCCUCCUUCGGCAGUAAUACAGACGUCCACACGGUGGCGUCGCUGCUGAAGCUCUACUUGCGACAGCUGCCGGAGCCUUUGAUUCCUUUCAGUCACUACGAGGACUUCCUGCUCAGUGGCCAGAAGCUAUCUAGCGACCGCACGCAGGGCUUGGGGGAGUUGAGGAAUCUUCUUCAGGAGCUACCGGUGGCCAAUUUCAACCUUCUUAAGUUUCUAUGCCAAUUUCUCAACGAGGUACAGAGUCACUCCAAAGGGAACAGGAUGAGCUGCCAGAAUUUAGCCACAGUCUUUGGACCAAACAUUCUUCGGGCCAAAGCAGAGGACCCGGAAAGCAUCAUGGGAGGUGCAGCGCAAGUUCAGGGGCUGAUGUUGGAGCUGAUCAGAGAGCAGCAGUCCCUGUUUCCGAGAGUUCCUCCCGCGCAUACUGCCGGAGGGUUUCACGCUUCGCCCGGUGCUCUCGGACGACCGCAUCUGCAGCAGCCGCCUUGCCUUCGCCAGAUGUCGCUACCGCUUAUCGCAGAGCGGCGCAAAGAGCCGGGACACGCUACCGGGUUUAUCCCCUCAGCUGCAGUCACGUCAGAGGUAACCGCAGACAACAAGACUUUCCUCGGCCAUCGCUACACCUCGUCACAUCCGGAAAACUGCUUCUACCCGCUACCCACCUCAAGUCAGCCUCUGCAGAAUCACGGCCGGGAGAAGACGAGAGACCGAAGCGACGAUGGAUCCUCCCCCGUAAAUGUUUGUAGCUGGAUGGAGGUCCGGACCAGUCUGGGUGAGGCAGGCGACGGAGGUGGCAAAAAAGUGGCAGGCGAGCACCUGUGGAGUUCCAGCGCCACCCGGAUGGCAGGGGCAGAAGGCGAGGGCGGCGGCGGCGAGGCGCAGGAAGACGGCACCCCAUCGGAUUAUGACAACCUGAACAGAGCGCCUUCUAGUCAGACCAUGGAGGACGUCGCCGGCGAACAUUUCGACCCCAACAACUCCGGCGAGGAAUCAGAGGAGGCGUGGAAGACCGUAGACGACGACGACUCCUCCUCGUGGUCCUCCUGCGAGGUUUUACAGCCGGACCAAGGCAGCGAUCCCGUCGGUCCUGACUUGAAACCGAUGAUGAGAUCCCCCUCGAGUCAAGCUGCAGAAGAUGACAAACACCUCGACGGCGACACGGAAAGUGACCUCGACGGAGGACGCCGUCUGAACACGCCGACAUCCGGCUCGAUCCUCAGCCCCCUCAGCACCGGCAGCUCAGAGGUGUUCCUCCCGUCCGGUCUUCCGGAACCUUCAGCAUCCGAGCCCGAUGACGCCGAGUCGCUCCUGUUGGAACUUCGACACAAGAUGGCCCAGCAGAGGAGUGAGUACCAGGCUCGGAUACGCAGGUUGGAGCGCUGCAAUGACGCCCUCGAGCGACAGGUGGCAGCACUGCGCGAGCGCCUGGAGUGGCAGAGGCGCAGCCAGAGCGCGGCAGAGGUCAGGAUCCGAGACGUGGAGCGGGCCAGGGCCGCCGCCGACCGACGCAACUCCACACUGCAGGCCGACAUGGAGCUGAUUUUCCGGACAUACGGGAAGAUCCAAACGCGGGAACGGAGGCAUAAGAACGUCGAUCGAGGCGGAAGGCGGGACCGCAUCUUGAAGAGUCUUUGAGGAUGGAGGGAGAGAUGAAGAAUUAGUCACGUGGAUGCGGGACAAGGAUGUCAAUUCCGGUUGCAGAAAGUAAAACGCUUUGGCCACGGGUGCUCAGCGGCAGUUAAGGGCCCGUUUACCUGUCGGUUGUGUGAAAGCCAAACCGUGGCAGGGUUUUGACUUUCUGGAUCUGGAUUUGACACCUGUGAUGAACCCAUUCCUACUUUUAUAUGCAAAAAAUUACACUGCAAGUCUGUGUUCAUUUGCAUGACUCAACUUUUACAAUUAAAGCCCCUCGAUCGGU